GGAACUCACCUUGUGGUAACGGGUUCCGCUGCAAAAGAGGUUAUCAGUUGCUGGGAUACCAAGAUUGGGAGCUGCGUUGGAGUCAUGAAGGAUGUGGGGACACUGCACUCCGUAUCGUAUCCUUCUUACAUCACGCCAGGCCGGAUGGUGUUGGCAUAUGUGUCUUCCUAUGACAGCAUGUUAACUGCAUGUGCCACAGGAAUCUGCGUGGAUUACGCCGACCGAAGCUCGGUCAAAUUUGAACAGACUUUCCGUACAGAAAUAACCCUCGGGGAAUCGUUUUCCCAUUCGUACAUUACCCUUGCCAUCAAUGAUCGAUACCUGGUCGCGCUGACGUGGCAUACACAAAAGCUUCGCGCAGGCUUUGGAGUCAAGAGUCUUCAUUCUAUUGCUGAGAGCGGAAUCAUCCUUAACGCCGUCCCCGAGGCGUCAUUGCCAGAACCCGCCAUCAAAACUCACCUUGACAGCUACAUCUCCGGCAAUACACUCAACGUCAUCAAGUACGCUCGGAACACGUACACCGUCUAUGAGUAUACGUUGUCGCCCGGCCUAUCAGCCAGCGAGAUAUUCUUACGGGCACCGGUAGUGCAACCUCCUCUGCCGCCAUUUACAUCGAACAUACAUAACUGUCCUUUGACUGGACGGUCCGUAUCACAUACCUCCGUCCUCCCCGGCUACCGCGUUCGAUACUCCUUCCAGUCUCCGCAGAACGAGCGAACAGAGUUCGAGUUCGAGUUCCCGCGGUGUGAGAUGAUGGAAGCAAUUCCUGCUGCGUCGGGCAGACAUGUGUUGGUCCAUUACAUGGACGGAACAGCGGGGAACCGUGUUAAGCUUUUGAGGCUUGCAGAGGAUAAGAGCUGCUCGAUACACGAUCUUCAUCUUCCUCUGGAGAUUAAUCUUGUAGAUCGGCUCAAUGAAGGACAGGGAAUGGGCAGUUGGCACGGGAAUAGGAGGGGAAGUAUCGAGAUUGAUGAGAGCCUGGGUGUGGUGUACUUACUGAUGGAAGGUGGGAUUAUCUGGGCCGUUGGAUAUUCUUGACGGGCUUCACUAUUGAAUAACGACUACAAUGUAAUUUUAUGUCAUAGAACCUUUGUAAGAGCAAUCCUUUAUUCUUUUGAAUCCUCGGCCUGACACCUCGG